AUGCCCGUGUGCCAGGGCCCCAGGGGGCCCCAGGGGCGCUCCCCAAGGGAGGAUGUGCUGCAUCGCUCCCCGUGGCACCACGGCCAGCUCUUUUCCGGGCCCGGGGGGCGAAGUUCGUGGUCCGGUGUCCCUUACCUGUCCCUUACCUGUCCCUCACCUGUCCCUCACCUGUCCCAGGUGUUCCUGACCGAGUACGCCGGCCCCCUCCUCAUUUACCUGCUGUUCUAUUUCCGGGUGCCGUUCCUGUACGGGCCCCGCUACGACUUCACGGCCAGCCGGCACCGCGUGGUGCACCUGGCGUGCUGCUGUCACUCGUUCCACUACGUCAAGCGGCUGCUGGAGACGCUGUUCGUGCACCGCUUCUCGCACGGCACCAUGCCCCUGCGCAACAUCUUCAAGAACUGCACCUACUACUGGGGCUUCGCUGCCUGGAUGGCGUAUUACAUCAACCACCCGCUGUACACCCCGCCAGCGUACGGUGACGAUCAGGUGAAGCUGGCGCUGGCCGUGUUCCUGUUCUGCCAGCUCGGGAACUUCUCCAUCCACGUGGCCCUGAGGAACCUGCGGCCGGCAGGCUCCAAGACGCGCAAGAUCCCGUACCCGACCCGGAACCCGUUCACGUGGCUGUUCCUGCUCGUGUCCUGCCCCAACUACACCUACGAGGUCGGUUCCUGGAUCGGUUUCACCAUCAUGACCCAGUGCCUGCCCGUGGCUCUGUUCUCGCUGGUGGGCUUCGUGCAGAUGGCGAUCUGGGCUCAGGGCAAGCACCGCAGUUACCUGCGCGAGUUCCGCGAUUACCCGCCCCUGCGCUCGCCCAUCGUGCCCUUCCUGCUGUGACACCGCCAGGAUGUCCCUCAGUGUCCCCUUCCUGCUGUGACACCGAGGGGACAUCCAGGGGACAGCCCCCAGUGUCCCCUUCCUGCUGUGACACCGAGGGGACAUCGAGGGGACAUCGCCCAUCGUGCCCUUCCUGCUGUGACACCCAGGGGACAGCCCCCAGUGUCCCCUUCCUGCUGUGACACUGUGGGGACACCAUGGGGACAUCACCUAUCGUGCCCUUCCUGCUGUGGGGACACUGCAGGGACAACCCUGAGGACAUCCCUCAUCAUCCCCUUCCUGCUGUGACACCGCGAGGAUGUCCCUCAGUGUCCCCUUCCUGCUGUGACACCCAGGGGACACCACAGGGACUGUCCCCUUCCUGCUGUGACACCGCAAGGAUGUCCCUCAGUGUCCCCUUCCUGCCGUGACACCAUGGGGACACCACCGGGACAGCCCCCAGUGUCCCCUUCCUGCUGUGACACUGCCUUGGGGACAUCCCCCAUUGUGCUGUGACACCACAGGGACGUCGCCCAUUGUGCCCUUCCUGCUGUGACACCGAGGGGACAUCGAGGGGACAUCGCCCAUCGUGCCCUUACUGCUGUGGGGACACUGCAGGGACAACCUUGGGGACGUCCCUCAUCCCCUUCCUGCUGUGACACCGCGAGGAUGUCCCUCAGUGUCCCCUUCCUGCUGUGACACCGCCUUGGGGACACCGUGGGGAUUGUCCCCUUCCUGCCGUGACACCUUGGGGACACCGUGAUGUGUCCCCGCCAGUCCUGCCCUGAGCCUUGGGGACAGAGAGGGGACAGGGGACGAGCUCUGUGUCACCCUGGUGUCACAGCAGGACACGGCAGUGUGGCCACACCGUCCCUUGUCACCUCCAGGGUGCCAGCCCUGGUGGCAGUGUCACCUCCAUGGUGGCACUGUCCCCUCCCCAGUGGCACUGUCACCUCCAUGGUGGCAGUGUCAUCUUCAGGAUGCCAUCUCCAGUGUCCCCUCCACGGUGGCAGUGUCACAUCCAGGUUGGCAGUGUCACCUCUAGAUGCCAUCCCCAGUGUCACCUCCAUGGUGGCACUGUCCCCUCCCUGGUGACAGUGUCACAUCCAGGGUCCCAUCCCCGGUGUCCCCUCCACGGUGGCAGUGUCACAUCCAGGUUGGCAGUGUCACCUCCAGAUGCCAUCUCUGGUGUCCCCUCCCUGGUGGCACUGUCCCCUCCCCAGUGGCAGUGUCACCUCCAGAUGCCAUCCGUGGUGUCCCCCUCCCUGGUGGCACUGUCCCUUCCUCGGUGGCAAUGUCACAUCCAGGGUCCCAUCUCCAGUGUCCCCUCCCCGGUGGCAGUGUCACCCCCACGGUGGCACUGUCCCCAGCAGCACUGUCCCCGUCACCCCAAGCCACCCCUGGUGACACCACGGUGUCACCCCCCCCCGUGUCCCCUGCCCAGUGCCACCCCCUGUCCCCGUCCCCGCAGGUGACAAUAAAUGCCAUCUCCCCCCCCCA